UUUCUUGGGUGGGAAAAAUUCAAAGGUUUCCAAUUUCAUUCAUGUAAAGUACAACCAAGAAGGGAUUGUAGAAGUCAUGGAACCGACGAUCAAGCAAGAAAUCAAAGUCGAGAACCAGGAGGAAGGGGCCAUCAACGAGGAUGAGGCCACUCCGCUACGGGAAAGUACAGGACAGACUCCGCCGCACGCUUUUGCGACAGGAGCUGCGGUGGUGGGGUGCGGUUGGGACAGUGAUCCGGAGGACGAUGGCCUCGGACACCGCUCGGCGCCUCCGACACCUGGCGCACAACUAGAGGCGCCUCGCACUCCGGGUGCCAAUCUAGAGCCGCUUCUAGGAGCAAUCGAACCGAAGGCUGAGCCGGUGAUCAAAGAAGAUGCUGAUAACCAAGUGCUGGACGACAUACUGGCAGAUCCCUUCGAUAUUGUUCCUCAGGCUACAUUGACAGCCUCGACGUCCCCGGCGGAUGUAAAGCAAACUGUGAAAUUGGAGUCGGUUGAGGUGGCCACCCAUUUUACGAGCCGAGGCGUCCUGGACGACAUGGAUCUGUGCAGCCUCGACGACUCCAAGGAGCUGGUGCCAGACAAGCCCCAAGGAACCCGGCCAGUCGUCGAGCAACAAGAUCCGAUGUCAGAGAAUGAACUUUAUGCCAAGCAACGUGAGAUCCUUAAAGAACUGGGCAAGCAUGACAUCAAGGAAAACAGCAAGGAAAAUAGCGAGGGAAACGGCAGGGAAAAGAAGAAGAAAAAAAAGCACAAGAAGGAUCGCUCCCAUCGCUCGAACAGAGAUCAGGAUGAGUCCAGGAAGCGGAAACGAAGCGGCAGUUCGGAGGACGAGGGCGCGAAGGAGAAGCACCAUGGCGACCGUCGUGGGCGCAAGCAUCGCAUUAAGACCGAAAAGCCAGAUGAAGAAUUGGACUACGUCCCUGUUCGCCCCGAUGAGAAGUCCAUUCGGCCGGUUAAGUUCUCUAAUCUUAGCGAGCGUCCACCGCCGCAGGAUGAACUGAAUACUAAUAAUCUGUCCAAGGCUGACAAGCGUAAUCUGGCCGUGGCACGGGCGGAGUUGGUGCUGGAACUGUUCGAGAAGAAGGCCAACAAGGAGGUGGCAGAAGAGUUCCACGUGGUGGACACCAUCUGCAAACUGCCUGUGAAUGACUCCUUUAGAAACCAAGGUUGCUUCGAGAAUCCCUCGCCCAUAUGCAACAACAUGAAUGUGGUCUACGAGUUCAACUCCACGCCCGGAACCCGAAUCGAUUUGGCUAAAUGGGGCCUAGAAGGAGUGCCCCAGGCUACUGGGAAGCUGCUCCGCCUACUGGGCAUCGAUGUGGCGCGCCUGAAGCAAAUUCAGAGCACGGCCAAGCCAUCGCAGCGUAUACUCAAGCUGAAAAAGGAGAAGCUCGAACAGGGCUUGGAGCCAACGGAGGAAGUUGACACGGCCACGCUCUACAAGAAUGCAGCCACUCAAACGGAACGCAGGACUGCCACCCACGAUGCGGGCACACAGGUUCGCUUGGAAAGCCAACUGAAGGGGGCCUUCUGGCAGGAUCCGAAAUUUGACCCAAUGAAUUUGACACAGCACCAGUCGAACGUGAUGUUAGCCCUGCAGGAGAUCUACAAAACCCUGCCUAGCACCGCCGUGGCCGUUCAACUCUACAGGGCACUGCAACCGGCUCUGGCCAUCACUCGUGCGGCAGCUCACCAGCAUUAACCAUUCUCAGACAUUUUUUUAUUCCAAAGAGCCAUGCCAAAUGAUGCAUUCCUUGAGCUCAAUGAAGGGAUCAUAGAUUGUAAUUGAUUUAGUUGUCACAAGUGCCUUUAUCAAUUGCCUAUAAAGGGUCCAACAUUGUAUUUUCUCAAUUAUAUGUAUUUCUCAAUCUCUCGCCUAAAGGUAAAGCUAUUACCAAACGGCUGUAUUAAUCGAUUAAGUCACCUAAUCUCGCGCAAUGUAUUCUCACUUUCUUUAUACAAUUAAUAAAUACACAUAUGCACAUGCAUCAUA